UCUCAGCUGAAUUAUAGGUUAUGUUGAAUAUAAUGUAUUUAUAGUGUACAAUCUUUCUUUCCUAUCUUAAUAUAGGUCACAUAUAUGGUAGUUAGUUCAACCUAACCUUGUAUAUAUAUUUCUCUAUUGUAAGAAGUUAUGAAUAUGAAUGAGAAUUAAGGUUUUCUCUCUCUCUCUCUCUCUUUUUCAACAUGGUAUCAGAGUUAAGGGAGAAAACUUUAUUCUUUCUGGUUUACCCGUGUAAUUAAUUCUGGGAAUCCGUUUAGUGACCGUGUUUCAUUCCAAUCACAUUUUCCAUCUCCCAAAGUUUUCCGAUCAGCCAUAUCGUGAUCAGAAAACCCUCAUCACCGUCAACAUUUUUUCGGCGAUAUUUUUCGGAGACUUUUUUUUCUGACGAUAUUUUCCGACACCGACCACAUCAUCAAGAGCACCCGAUAACCAUUUUGUAAAUUAAAUGAAUGAUGCAAAGGAAAAAAUCAAGCAUCCUAAACAAAAUAGGACAACCUAAUGAUUGGAGUAAAUGUCUACAGGCAAAGACUGGGAGAGAGAAAGAGUUGGAAGUUGCUUUACAGAGGCUCAGGGGAGAGAACACAGACAUUUCUCAAGAGUUAGCUGAAAUCAAAGACUAUACAGAAAUCUGUCAACGACUCUCAGAAGAUAGAAUUCUAGACUUGUUUCAGUGGAAAUAUGCUCAUUCACUUGUAGUUGGGGUUGGGUUGAUGUUGCUGCAACAACUUGCAGGGUCCGUUGCCAUUCCUAGUUAUGCAGAUUCCAUAUUUGAAUCAGCUGAUUUUUCAAGUACAUUCGGGACAACAGCAACUGCUAUUAUCCAGAUUCCAGUAGUUGUUAUUGGUGUACUCUUAGCCGAUAGAUCUGGAAGACGGCCACUGCUAAUUGUUUCUGCAGCUGGAAUGUGCUUGAGUUGCUUGAUUAUAGGAAUAUCAUUCUUAUUACAGGAUCUUCACAAGUGGAAGGAGCUCACUCCUAUUAUGGUUCUUAUUGGCAUGGUGGCAUAUUUGGCAUGGUACUCACUAGGCUUCAGAGGACUACCAUGGGUUAUCAUUUCAGAGAUAUAUCCAGUAAACAUAAAGGGUUCAGCUGGAAGUCUAGUGACUUUCAUUCUCUGGUCCUCUUCUACUAUUGUUGUGUAUGUUUUUAACUUCAUCUUUGAAUGGAACUCAGCAGGUGAUACCUUUCUCUACCUCUCUCUUAUGUCUCUCCUUACAUGUAUAUAUAUAGGCUUGUGUUCAUGUGUAUUUUUAUUUAUAAAAACAGGUAUUUUCAUUAAACCAUUUCAGGAACAUUCUUCAUAUUCUCAGUCUUUAGUGCUGCAACUGUUCUAUUCACCAUAAAACUCGUACCAGAAACCAAGGGGCGAACGCUAGAAGAAAUACAAGCAUCUAUGACCCAUUUUCUGCAGCACUAACAUAAACUUAUUGUGCUACAUAAGUAUUGGAAUUAAGAAUUUUCUCUGAACAUUAAUUUGUUAAUCUGGUGGUGCGAAGUUGGGUACUUUUGGUCAUCCUAGCAUAAUAAAUAGUUUGUUAUGGAUCUUA